UCUCCCUCGCAACGUGAGGAGGGCUGAGCUGAGGCGAGGCGCGGCGUCCUCUCUGAGGGAACAACAAUAAUCCCGCGUGUUAUCCGUCGCGCGCCCUGCCUCCCAACCUUCUCCCUCUCUUUUCUGAGUGGGGGGAGGAAAGGCAGCGCAGCCCCCAACCAACCAAUCAACACUCCCUCCCUGAGUGCGCGCGCCCUGCGUGGGAACCGGGGCGCCUCGGGUGCGGAUUGGGUAGCGAGCAAGAGACGUCACAAAGGCGGGCGAGGGGCUUCACGCACCCGUUUGCGCCAGAGAAGACAGACAACACAGAAGAAGAAGAAUAGCAGCUGGAGCGCUGGGCGCGCGCGCUUGAUUCCCUCCAUCCAUCUAUCCUCCCUUCCUUAUUGGACAGGGUCUGCCGCGCGUGAGUUGUUUGUUACCUUUGACGUCAGCUCGGGGGUCGCAACCGUCGGGCGGCUAGGGAGAGAAGAGGCGCGCGCCGACGGGAGCUGGCGGCAUGUCCGCUGCCGCCCUCCAUGGAGAUCGCCUUGGUGACGCUGGAGAACGGAGGCGCCACGGCCGUCGGAGGAGAGGCGGAUAGCGGGCCCUGCGGCGCGGAGAGCGAGGCCCUCAGCCCAGGGCGCCGCCCCCGCCACUGCCCGCGCCCUGAGGAAGGCAUGGCCAUCCCGGGAAGCGACUGCCCGGCCUACAGGGCCUGCCCUUCGGCAGCCCCAGCGGAAGGAGGCGGCCCUUGUGGAGGCCCCUGUGGCGGUGGCGAAGAACUGGGCGAAGCGGAGUGCGAGAGCGCCCUCAUGGGGCAGCAGCGCGUGCUCAUUAACAUCUCGGGCCUGCGCUUCGAGACCCACCUGGGCACCCUCAGCCAGUUCCCGGACACCCUCCUUGGUGACCCAGAGAAGCGCAUGCGAUACUUCGACCCCCUCCGCAAUGAGUACUUCUUCGACCGCAACCGGCCCAGCUUUGAUGGCAUCCUCUACUUCUACCAAUCAGGCGGGAAGCUGCGCAGGCCUGUCAACGUCUCCAUCGACGUCUUCGCCGACGAGAUCCGCUUCUACCAGCUCGGCGAGGAGGCCAUGGAGCGCUUCCGGGAAGAUGAAGGCUUCAUCAAAGAAGAAGAGCGUCCGUUGCCGGCGAACGAAUUCCAGCGACAGGUCUGGCUCAUCUUUGAGUACCCGGAGAGCUCCAGCUCGGCCCGCGGUAUCGCAAUCGUCUCAGUGCUGGUCAUCCUGAUCUCUAUCAUCACGUUCUGCCUGGAAACGCUGCCCGAGUUCCGGGAUGAGCGGGAGCUCCAUGUGCCCCUCCCGCUCCUGCCCAAUGGCACCUUGGGAGACCUGCCCCGCCCGCAGCACCCCAGCACACUCAGCGACCCCUUCUUCAUCAUCGAGACCACUUGCGUCAUUUGGUUCACCUUUGAGCUGCUGGUGCGCUUCUUUGCCUGCCCCAGCAAGCCCGAAUUCUCCCGGAACAUCAUGAACAUAAUCGAUAUUGUUGCCAUCAUCCCAUAUUUCAUCACCUUGGGUACGGAGCUGGCUCAUGAGCAGCAGAAGGAGGAGCAGCUUGGCAGCACUGGCAAUGGAGGCCAACAACAAGCCAUGUCCUUAGCUAUCCUCCGUGUCAUUCGCUUGGUUAGGGUCUUCCGCAUCUUCAAACUCUCGAGGCACUCCAAAGGCCUGCAGAUCUUGGGCCAGACUUUGAAAGCCAGCAUGAGGGAGCUGGGUUUGCUCAUUUUUUUCCUUUUCAUCGGCGUCAUUCUCUUCUCCAGCGCAGUCUAUUUUGCCGAGGCCGACGACCCCGAGUCGCACUUCUCUAGCAUUCCGGAUGCCUUUUGGUGGGCGGUGGUUACCAUGACGACGGUGGGUUACGGAGAUAUGAGGCCUGUCACUGUGGGGGGCAAAAUCGUGGGCUCCUUGUGUGCCAUCGCUGGCGUGCUCACCAUUGCCCUUCCUGUCCCUGUUAUUGUGUCCAACUUCAACUAUUUUUACCACCGGGAAACCGACCACGAGGAGCAGGCCAUGCUCAAGGAUGAGUCAAGUGCUCCAGGCAACUCGGCUACAGAUUUGAAGAGACAAGCCAGUAAAACCUCAUUGGACAAAUCUGUUGUGCACUUGGAGAAUGCCGAGGGGAUGAACAAUGUGAUGAGAUCUGUAGAGAAGGCCAAUAUCAAAGCUAAAAGUAGCAUAGAUCUUAGGCGGUCUCUCUAUGCACUCUGCCUGGAUACUAACCGGGAAACAGACUUGUAAAACAAGUGAAAUUGAAAGGAUAAUAGGGUAAACUCGGGGGAACUAUUUGAAAAGGGCAAACAGGACUGCCACUUAGUAUUUAUUUUUUAAAUUUUUUGAAUAUAGUAGUUGUUUAAAAAAACUUUCAGGAAAUACCAAUCGAUGUUGUUGCUGGGUUGUUUUUGUUUGUCUGUUGGUUUUAAAUGUUAUCUUUUACAUGACAUUAAGAGUGUUGCCUAUUUAUAAAACCAGUUAAGACUAAGCUAGACACUUCCCAAUGUCUAUGAGCCUUUAAAAACCAUUAACAAGUUCAGAGUGUUGUUGCUUACAUAUAAUUUAUUAUUUAAAGGUGGGUUUUAAACAAUCAAUUUGUAUUUCAAUCCUCUUAUCCAUACCUCGUUUUCCAUGGGAAGAAAAUAGAUUCUUUGUUGGUACUGUACUUUGAUUUGGAAUAAUUCUAUUUUCAAUAUAUGUGAUUAUAUUUAUAAAUGCAAAAGAGCACUUUAGAGAUGUAUGAAUUUAUGGAAUCUCCAAGAAUAUUUAGCUAAAGCAUUCCUCACAUUUAAGUGCAAAAAUGGUUUUCUCUUGUAUGAAGUGUGUGUGGUGUGGUCAGCCACCUAGCAGAAAAAACACUGUUUUCACAGUUGUUUUUUUGUUAUCUUGGCAAAAAUCCAACUCUUUUUCGUAAUAAAUACAUUUAAUGCUA